CUUCAGCGCUUCGGUCGUGUUUUGUGCGUUUAAUAUUCCAUUCCUACGUUGCCCAUUGGAUACUUAAAGCCAAAGCUCCCAAAAAGGAUUACCAGCUGACUAUCCAAUUAACAACGAAAUCAAGAUGAUGAUGCUACAUCCCACACCCGCACAGCGAGUAAGCAUUCGCGAGGAGUUGCGCGAACCUGAGGACCCAGCUGAUAUUGAGCGUGAUAUUAAACUGAUUCGUGAGUGGCUGGAGACCCAACCACAUCUGCCUAAGGAUAUGGAUGAUAUGCGGCUGACAACUUUCUUGCGAGGCUGCAAAUUCAGCCUAGAGAAAGUGAAGAAGAAGCUGGAUAUGUACUAUACGAUGCGGAAUGCAGUGCCCGAGUUUUUUGCCAAUCGUGACAUAAAUCGCGAGGAGCUGAACAUUGUCCUGGACUAUGUUCACUGCCCCACACUUCCGGGAAUAACGCCCAAUGGACGACGCAUUACGUUUAUUCGCGGCAUUGAUUGCGAUUUUCAGCCACAUCAUAUUCUGGAUGCAAUGAAGGUGGCUCUGAUGAUUGGCGAUGUCCGCUUGGCGGAGGAGUCCGUGGGCAUUGCCGGCGAUGUGUUCAUUUUGGAUGCGGCUGUAGCUAGUGCAUCACAUUUUGCUAAAUUCUCGCCGACGGUGGUGAAGAAGUUUUUGAUUGCCGUACAGGAGGCGUAUCCAGUUAAGGUGAAGGAGGUGCAUGUGAUCAACAUUUCUCCAUUGGUGGACACCAUAUUUAACUUUGUUAAGCCCUUCGUCAAGGAGAAGAUUCGCAGCCGUAUUACCUUCCACAACGAUGUAGAGAGCCUUUACAAGGUGGUGCCACGUGACUUGCUGCCCAAUGAAUAUGGCGGCAAGGCGGGACCAAUUGUUGAGCUCAACCAGUGGUGGAAACAGAAAUUGGCUGAUAAUACCGAGUGGUUUAAGGAGCAAGAGGACAAAAAGGCAAAUGAAUCAUUACGCCCAGGCGCACCAAAGACAAGCGAUGAUCUGUUUGGCAUGGAGGGCACCUUCCGUCAGCUAAACAUAGAUUGAGAUUACAAUUAUAUUCAAAGUGUUUUUCAUGUGUACUUACAUUUUUUACAUUAACCAAUCAUUUAUUUAGCCCAUACACAAUAAUAUUGUUCGCUUUACGCUUCAUUUCCUAUAUAUGUACCUCAUGUUGUCUCACAUCGCUGAAAAUCGCAGUAAUUACAAUAAAGAAAAUACAGCAAA